CUUCCGGUACCUUGUGUCUCUCUUCCGGUCCGUCCCCCUUUCCUUGCCGGCCGUCUCUCCACCGUUUUGCCGUGCUCCACGUGUGGAUUUAAGUUCUUUUCCCCCCACUAACAAUUCGUCAACAUUGUCAGGACCAAAUGGCGACGUCAACUUUCGAACAGAUGAAAGCGAAUGUGGCGAAACUCCUUCGAGGAAUCGAUCGGUACAACCCAGAAAACCUGGCGACGUUGGACAGUUACGUGGAAACACAAGCCAGAGAAAAUGCGUACGACUUGGAGGCCAACUUGGCCAUUCUGAAACUGUACCAGUUCAACCCCCCCUACUUCCAGGUGAACGUGACUUCUCAGAUCCUGCUGAAGGCCCUCACCAACCUGCCACACACCGACUUCACCCUCUGCAAGUGCAUGAUUGACCAGGCACACCAGCAAGAGGAGAGCCCCAUCUGGCAGAUCCUGUACCUGGGCAACCUGCUGGAGACCUGCCACUUCCAGAGUUUCUGGACGAGUCUUGCGAAGAAUCGUGAGCUCAUCGAUGGAAUUACAGGUUUCGAAGACUCAGUCCGCAAGUUCAUCUGUCACGUCGUGGGCAUCACCUACCAGACUAUAGAGCGCAGCCUGCUGGCCGAGAUGCUGGGAGACCCGCUAGACACACAGGUGAAGGUGUGGAUGAACAAGUACAACUGGACGGAGACCGAGGACGGACAGAUUUUCAUCUUCAACCAGGAGGAGAGCGUCAAGCCCAAAAACAUUGUGGAGAAGAUCGACUUUGAGAGCGUGUCAAGCAUUAUGGCGACAUCUCAGUGACACACACAAUAAACCUGGUUAUUUGAUCCUCUCACACUUUUCACAAUAAAAGUAAAUUAUAAUUUC